AUGAAACCCAGCUCGGAUCGAAGGGCAUCGGCCCCGGUACGAAAACGGACUCAUGAUGGCUCUCGUUCAAUCGCGGGAAGUAUAGACGUACCAGGACCCUCGGGCUCGUUGCGCAUAAACCGUAGGGCUCACCCAGAACACAACACUAAGCAAAUUUGGCGCGAGCUUAACAUGCCCACGGAUUGCGAUUUUAUUGGGCCGAAUGUGUUUAGUCUGCCUGAGAAGUUGCUGCGGCACAAUCCCAAGAUGCGACCUUCUCCUCUGGCCCGUCCGAAGCCUGACCGGAAUGCUGAUAAAAAGAAAAUUCGUUCGUACACCGCGUUGAGGAAGGAUCGCGAAGAUUUUCGUCGCAGACUUGUGCGGUUGAUCGUGCGCAAGGAACACGAGAAGGACGAUCCGGAAAACACGUUCCCGAACGUGGAAGAACGUGAGCUGCUGCGAUAUUACCAUUACAUCCGGCAUGGUAUCGAUACCGUGCACGUGUCGCCCGUCGAUAAGCGAGUGUUGCAGCGGAUUCUCCGGUUGAUUCCGAAGCACUUGACUAAGUGGAAACAAGCGCUACGUGAUAUCAUCGGUGAAAUCAAGGAAGACUACUCGUUCGCCGUUCGGAAGGCGGUGGUUGAUUUCGUCCUUGCUGACGCUAUGACCAAGUACGCGCGUAAGGAGGACAUCACGCCCGGUCGGUUGGAGAUUAAGGAGCUGCGCCUGAAGUGGAAACAUCGGUACGAUGAGAAUCAGAGCAAGAUCAGACGCAAUCUUUUCUCGAUCAACGCCUGUUCGGAGCAAAUUCUGGAACUGUGGGAUACGACCUUUAAAAAGCUGCUAAUGGUGAACGUAAAGGAGCUGGAGGCGAAAGGCGAGGCGUACGAUUUGACGGAGUUUACGUCGACGGUGAAUCAGCAAAUUGAAGAAAUAAGACUAACGCUUUCCGAAAAAUGGUACGGUGCGAUCAAGACCAUUUUUCAUAAAGGCGUCAAGAAGAAGCUCAUCCCGGAUGAUUCCAAGCCCAAGAUGCUGAAAAAGUUUUUCAACUCUUUAGCGACACUGAUGACGAGGCAGUUGCAAAACUUGUGCAUUAGCAGCAUCGAAUCGUACACCCAUUACAUCUGUGACGUUGGUCGCUCGAACCAAGGAUUUCGGCUUACCAUUUUGUUGGAAAAUCAGGACACGCUCUCCUUCAUUCCUAGCUUUUCCAGAUUUCAGAUAGAAAUUUUAAAAAUCAUCGACAAUAUAGUGAAGUCAGUCAAAAGUUUUCCAAGGAUCGAAAGGCAAAUUUAUCCUGACCUCCCGUGCCCACAUGAAACCUUGAGGCCUGAAAUACCUCCUGAAGUGAUAAAUGUGUGCAAAGAAAAAAUCCACGACAUUCUGGAGGAGCAACGAAUUGGACCCGAGCUGCGCAUGCAGGACUUCGACAACUACAUGACUCUGAUGAACGGAUCCGACAUCGAUGACAUCGAGCGAUUUAUGGAGAAACGUCCCAGUUUUGAGGAGUACUGUACGUACAUACAGCGCUACAAAAAGAUGGAGAACGACGUUGCGCGAGAAAUUUACGGCGUUUUGUCCAUGGGGUUCUAUGAAUUUCAUCGCGAAGGUCUUAUCGACACCCUGGAAGGGUUGGCCAAGUUUAUGCAGCAAGAGUUGAUCGCGAAAAUGACGGCUGAUCAGCAGAGUGGGGCCCACCAGCUAGCGAUCGAGUACGAGGCUAUUUCGACGAAGAUUAUAACGAUCCCAAAAGACACGGUUGAGUUGAUGACGCUGAAGGCGUACGCAAUUCGGAUGGAAGAAACGACGAUACCCGAGAUGGAGGAACGGCUAAAGAAGAACCUGCACCAUCUGCUGUAUCUCACAGAUUACACGAUAUUCACGCCACUGGAGAUUAAGCAAAACAACAACACCUUCCAGUGGUACAUGAAGAUGCCCACGAUCUUCCAGGACCACAAGAACAUUAUCGCCGAAAAGGUAAUUGAGUACCAGGAUGCGCUAAAGCGACGUAUCGAGAGUUUCCGGCGCGAUCUGGAGCUCUUCUGGCAGCAGGUGAAGGAGUACGACUCUUGGGGAGACAUUAAAAAUUUACAAAAGUUCAAAAAGAAAGCCACGGCGCUGGACAGCAAACUCGUGGCGGCAAUGGACAAGAUCGAUCACAUCAACGAAGAAGAGACGGCGUAUGGUUGGGAGCUUUCGCAAUAUCCGACACGGAAGCAAUGUCACGAUAAGCUGGCACCGUACAAACAGCUAUACGAUGCUGGGCAGGAAUUUAUGGACAAACAUGAUCUAUGGAUGCACUCGCAGGUUGGCUCCCACGAUCCGGAACAAAUCGACGAUACGGUGGGAACGCUCUAUCGUACGGUGUAUAAGCUGGAGAAACAUUUCUCAGACUCUUACCAAACACAACGUCUUGCACAUGAUAUCAAAAAUCGAAUCGAUCAGUUUAAAACACAUAUGCCGAUCGUACAGACGUUGGGUAAUCCUGGCAUGAAGGAACGACACUGGGAGCAAGUGUCCGAAAUCAUAGGCUUUCCGAUACGCAUAUCGGCCGAGCUAACGUUAGAACGCGUGAUCGACUACGGAUUGGAUGACUACAUACAGCGCUUUGAAACCAUUUCCGAGAGCGCCACGAAGGAGAAUAACCUAGAGAAGGCCAUGAUUAAGAUGGUUAACGAGUGGAGUGAUAUGGCAUUUGUGGUGUUGCCCUACCGGGACACUGGUACGUACAUUUUGUCAGCGAUCGACGACAUCCAGGUGCUGCUGGAUGAUCACAUCAUCAAGACGCAGACGAUGAAAAGCUCGCUGUACAUUAAACCUUUCGAGAAAGACAUUAUCGCUUGGGAAAAGAAGCUGAUGCUGCUGCAAGACAUCCUAGAUGAUUGGCUAAAGGUGCAGGCAACCUGGAUGUACUUGGAGCCGAUCUUUUCGAGCCCGGACAUUCAAUCGCAGAUGCCGGAAGAGGGUCGCCGGUUCAGCGCGGUCGACAAGAUCUGGAAGGAUCUGAUGAAGUCGGUCCAGGCUGACACCAAGGUUUUGGUGGUGCUGGAAAUAGACAAAAUGUCGGAGAAACUGAAGAAAUCCUACGGCCUGCUGGAGGUGAUCCAGAAGGGCCUGAACGAGUACCUGGAAAAGAAGCGGAUUUACUUCCCCCGCUUCUUCUUCCUGUCGAACGACGAGCUGCUCGAGAUCCUGUCGGAAACGAAGGAUCCCACCCGCGUUCAGCCGCACUUGAAGAAGUGCUUCGAGGGCAUUGCUUCGCUGAACUUCACCGACGCGCUGGACAUCACCGUCAUGCGGUCGAGCGAAGGCGAAGAAGUCGAUUUGAUCGAGCAGGUCUCGACGAGCAAGGCGAAGGGUCAGGUCGAAAAGUGGUUGCUGGAUUUGGAGGAAUCGAUGAAGAAGAGCAUCCGCCUGAAGGUGGCCAAAUCGUACGAGGCGUACACGGAGACGGAACGCCACAAGUGGGUGCUAAUGUGGCCGGGCCAGUGCAUCCAGAGCAUUUCGUGCGCCUUUUGGACGCUCGAAACCACAAUGUGCUUCGACAGCGAGGAGCCUCUGGCUGCGUUGGAGGAGUACUUGGAAACGUGCAAGGUUCAAAUCGCCUUCAUUGUGGACUUGGUCCGCGGAAAGCUAGCCAUGCAGAACCGCCUCACGUUGGGUGCGCUGGUGGUGCUGGAUGUGCACGCUCGUGACGUCCUGUCCGACAUGAUUGAGAAGAAAACCUGCCAGGUGGAUGAUUUCAACUGGCUCGCCCAGCUGAGGUACUACUUCGAGGAGCAAAAUUUGGCCACGCGUAUGAUCAACUCGACGCUGAUGUACGGCUACGAGUACCUCGGUAACACGGCGCGGUUGGUCAUCACACCACUGACGGAUCGGUGCUUCCGUACGCUCUUUGGAGCACUUCAUUUGCAUUUGGGAGGCGCUCCCGAAGGUCCUGCGGGUACGGGCAAAACGGAAACGACCAAAGAUUUAGCGAAAGCCGUCGCAAAACAGUGCGUCGUGUUCAACUGUUCCGACGGGCUGGACUACAUUGCUCUGGGGAAAUUUUUCAAGGGCCUAGCAUCGUGUGGAGCUUGGUCGUGCUUUGACGAGUUCAACCGCAUCGAUCUGGAGGUCCUGUCGGUCGUUGCCCAACAGAUACUGACCAUUCAGCGGGGUAUUAAUUCUGGUUCACCCAAGAUGGAGUUCGAGGGGACGGAAAUCAAGCUCGAUCCAUCUUGUGCGGUGUUCAUCACGAUGAAUCCAGGCUACGCCGGUCGUUCGGAGCUGCCGGACAACUUGAAGGCACUGUUUCGUUCGGUCGCCAUGAUGGUCCCAGAUUACGUGCUGAUCUCUGAGAUUGAGCUGUACGCGUACGGCUUCCUGAACGCAAAGCCACUAGCGGUGAAGAUCGUCGCCACGUAUCGACUAUGCUCGGAGCAGCUGAGCUCGCAACCGCACUACGACUACGGUAUGCGCGCGGUAAAAUCGGUACUGAAGGCGGCCGGUGCCCUGAAGCUGCGCUACCCGGACGAAUCGGAAGACAUAUUGGUGCUGCGUUCGAUAAAGGACGUAAAUUUGGCGAAAUUCCUCAACCAAGAUGUGCCCCUGUUCCAGGGCAUCAUCUCGGAUCUGUUCCCGGGCGUGGUGCUUCCGAAGCCGGACUACGCAGUGUUCGAUGUCGCGGUGCAGAAGGCGUGCGCCAAGCAGAACAAGCAGUUCACGCCGUUCUUCCUCGAGAAGGUGCAGCAGCUGUACGAGAUGAUUGUAGUUCGACACGGGCUGAUGAUCGUGGGUCCACCGCUGGGCGGAAAAACGUCCGCCUAUCGUGUGCUGGCUGAGGCGUUGGCGAUGAUUGAGGAGUUGGGUGAGAUGGGCGAACAUCGCGCUCAGUACACGGUGAUGAACCCGAAGGCCAUCACCAUGGGCCAACUGUACGGUCAGUUUGAUCCUGUUUCGCAUGAGUGGAGUGACGGGAUCCUGGCGGUGAGCUAUCGACAAUACGCGCAGAGUACCAGCACCGAUCGCAAGUGGUUGAUUUUCGAUGGUCCAGUGGAUGCGAUCUGGAUCGAGAACAUGAACACCGUGCUGGAUGACAACAAGAAGUUGUGCCUGAUGUCGGGCGAAAUCAUACAGCUCUCUUCUACGACGAAUCUGAUAUUUGAGGUGAUGGACUUGGACGCCGCUUCACCGGCGACGGUGUCCCGAUGUGGUAUGAUCUACAUGGAACCGUCCUCGUUGGGUUGGGAACCGGUGCUGGAAUCGUGGAAAAACACGCUCCCACCGGCGCUGCAUUCGAUGAACAAGCAGGUGAUCACACAGAUGUUCCACCGCUUCUGUCCGCUGCUAUUGUGGUUCGUCCGCAGAGGCGGAUCAUUGCGUGAGAUGAUGCCGACAAGCGACGCGAACCUGGUACUAUCCGUGAUGCAUCUGUUCGACUGCUUCAUGGACGACUACCGGAACGAGACGUACAUGAAGGCCGUCUCAGAGGUGGACGUGCGGGCGCAGCUAGAGGGUGUGUUCUUCUUUUCCUGCAUUUGGGCUAUUGGCGGCCCGCUCGAGACCGACAGCCGGGCCCGGUUCAGCGAGCUCUUCCGCGCACUGACCGAGAAGGUGUUCCCGCCGGAGCUAAACGAAAAGUUCCGCAUACCGGAGCAUCUGCAGGUGCAGCCACUUUCGAAGCCAUUCAUCUUCCAGAUCCCGAAGGGUGGCACCGUGUUCGACUACCGCUUCACGAAGGAGGGCAAAGGCAAAUGGCGCCCGUGGGCCGAGGAGAUCGGUCAGAGCACCAGCAUCCAGCGAGACGUGCCGGUGAAUCAGGUGAUCGUGCCGACGAUCGAAACGAUACGCAUCGAUGCGCUGCUGGAACUGCUGGUGCAGCACGGCAAGUGUCUGCUGCUCGUCGGUCCCACGGGUACCGGAAAGAGCGUGUACACGAUCGACUUCCUGCUGAAGCGCAACGAUACCAACGUCUUCAAGCCGCUCCUGAUCAGCUUCUCGGCGCAGACGUCCGCCAACCAGGUGCAGGACAUCAUCAUGUCGAAGUUGGAUAAACGCCGCAAGGGUGUGUUUGGACCACCGUUGGGGAAGAAGUGUGUCGUCUUCAUCGACGACGUGUCGAUGCCGUUGAAGGAAACGUACGGCGCUCAACCACCGAUCGAGAUCGUGCGCAUGUGGCUGGAUCACAACCUGUGGUAUGAUCGGAAGGACGUGACGGCGAUGAAGCUGGUUGAUCUGCAGCUGAUGUGUGCGAUGGGACCUCCAAGCACGGGAAAUACGGUAUCACCUCGGUUUUCCCAGCACUUCAACUCGGUCGCGAUGGACGAGUUCGACGACCCGACGCUGAUCGGUAUUUUCAGCAAGAUAGUCCUGUGGCAUUUGGAUACGCGCGGCUUUUCGAAGGAGUUUGAUCCUUGCAUCGACGAGAUUGUGCUGUCCACGUUGCAGAUUUAUCGCCAGGCGCGAGCUGUCCUGCUACCAACGCCAGCUAAGUGUCACUAUUUGUUCAAUUUGCGUGAUUUUUCGCGCGUCAUUCAGGGCGUGCUGUUGUCAGUGCCUGAGGGCACGGAAACGCUCAACUCCAUGCGACGUCUGUGGGCUCACGAGAUCCUGCGCGUGUACGGUGAUCGUCUGGUGGAUGACAGUGAUCGUGAGUGGUUGUUCCAGGAGUUGUGCACCGUCGUGCGGGAGUACAUGAAGGAAGACCCUAAGGACCUGUUCGAUCGGUUCGUGGAAGGAAACGAGCUGACGGAGUCCUCGCUGCGGGGGUUGAUGUUUUGUGACUUCACCAAUCCCAAGGCGGACACCAAAUUGUACCUCGAGGUGGUGGAUAUUGAGGAGCUGAGCUUCGUGGUGGAGUCGUACCUGGUGGAGUUCAACAACAUGUCGAAGAAACCGAUGUCGUUGGUGCUGUUCCGGUUCGCGAUCGAGCAUCUUUCGCGCAUUUGUCGCAUCAUCAAGCAGCCGCGAAGUCACGCAUUGCUUGUAGGAGUCGGUGGUUCUGGUAGGCAGUCGUUGGCUCGAAUCGCAUCCCACAUCUGCUCCUAUGAGCUUUACCAGGUUGAAAUAUCCCGUCAGUACGGCAUGACCGAGUGGCGCGAGGAUAUGAAAAAUUUGCUCAAAAAAGUUUGCAGCUCGGAUCAGCACAUUUGCUUCCUGUUCACGGACACGCAAGUGAAGGAGGAAGGCUUCCUGGAGGACAUCAACAAUUUGCUCAAUUCCGGGGAGAUUCCCAACCUGUUUACAAAUGAGGAAAAGUCGGAAAUAAUUGAAAAGAUGCGCCAGAUGGAUCGGCAAAAGGAAAAGAGCCAACAGACGGAUGGCAGCUUGGUGGCGUUGUUCAAUCUGUUCGUCACGAUAAUACGCGACCAACUGCACAUCGUGCUGUCCAUGUCACCGAUUGGAGAUGCCUUCCGGAAUCGGGUCCGAAAGUUUCCGUCCAUCGUAAACUGCUGCACCAUCGACUGGUUCCAGUCGUGGCCAAAGGACGCCCUCACGGCAGUGGCAACAAAGUUUUUGUCCUCAGUAGAAAUGACGGACAUGGAGCGCCAGUGCUGUAUUGAUAUGUGCAUGGAGUUCCACACCACCACUCAGCAGUUGUCGGAUGAAUUCCUGAUACGGUUGAAGCGGUACAACUAUGUGACCCCGACGUCGUACUUGGAGAUGAUCCAUACCUUCAAGACGUUGCUCGACAAGAAACGAACCGAGGUGUUAACCGGAAAGAAUCGUUAUUUGACGGGUUUGAAGCAGCUGGAGAUUGCCGCCCAGCAAAUUGGCGUGAUGCAGGAGCAACUGGAAGCAGUGCAACCGCAAAUGAAGAUCGCUGCUGAAACGGUUGCUCAGCAAAUGGCCAAAGUCCAAGCGGAUAGCGAAGUAGCCGCCGAACAGAAGCAAAUGGUGGAAAAGGAUGAAGCUGCCGCCCAGGAGCAAGCUGCAGCUGCUAACGCCAUUAAGGAGGUGUGCGAUGCUAAGCUAGCCGAUGCGAUGCCUAUCCUGGACGCCGCGAUGGAAGCUCUCAACACGCUCACGCCGGCUGACAUCACGAUCGUGAAGACGAUGAAAAGCCCCCCGAUCGGUGUGAAGGUUGUCAUGGAGGCGGUUUGCAUUCUAAAGGAUCUAAAACCGGAUCGCGUCCAGAACCCGUCCGGCAUGGGCAUGGUGGAGGACUACUGGGGGCCCUCGAAACGUGUCCUGGGCGAUAUGAAGUUCAUGGAUGGGCUGCUCAACUUCGAGAAGGAUGACAUUCCUCCGAAAGUCAUCCAGAAGCUGGAGGAGCGCAUCUUUACCAAUGAAAAUUUUGAUCCUGAAAAGGUGAAGGCUGCCUCGACAGCUGCGGAGGGGCUGUGCAAGUGGAUCAUCGCCAUCUCCAAGUACGACAAGGUGGCAAAGGAGAUCGCACCGAAGAAGGCGGCGUUGGCUGAAGCACAAGCGAGCUACAAUUCCGCCAUGACGAUACUAAACGCGAAGCUAGAACAGCUGCGCAUCGUGGAGGAGAACCUGGCCGAUCUCCAACGCAAACUAGACGAGCAGAUAGCGCAGCACGCGAAACUGCAGGCAAAUGUGGAGCUGUGCAUGAAGAAGCUCGAACGAGCUACAGAAAUCAUAACCGGGCUGGGUGGAGAGAAGGAUCGCUGGCAAACGGCCGCAGAUACUCUGGCACAAAUCUACGACACGUUAACCGGUGACGUGCUGAUUGCGUCGGGUGUUGUCGCCUACCUGGGACCCUUCACGAUGCAGUUCCGUGCGCAGCAGAUCGUCCAGUGGAUAGAACGGUGCACCGAUCGCGGUAUCAUCUGCUCGCAGGACUUUCAGCUCGUGAAUGUGCUUGGCAAUCCGGUUGACAUUCGGGCGUGGAACAUUUUCGGUUUACCAAGCGAUGCGUUUUCUGUUGAGAGUGCUAUCAUCAUUCACAAUGCCCGCCGAUGGCCGUUAAUGAUUGACCCGCAGGGUCAAGCCAAUAAAUGGGUGCGCAACAUGGAGAAAGCGAACCGCAUCUGCAUCAUACGCCUCACCCAGCCGGACUAUACGCGUGUGCUAGAAAACGCCAUCCAGUUUGGUCUGCCGGUGUUGCUGGAAAACGUCGGUGAAGAAAUCGAACCGAUGUUGGAGCCAAUUCUCUUGAAGCAAAUCUUCCGCCAAGGUGGAACAAUGUGCAUCAAGUUGGGCGACUCGAUCAUCGAGUACAACGAUUCGUUCAAGUUUUACAUCACAACGAAGCUCCGAAGUCCGCACUAUCUGCCGGAAAUUGCCGUCAAAGUGACGCUGCUCAAUUUCAUGAUCACUCAGACCGGGUUGCAAGAUCAGCUGCUCUCGAUAACGGUGGCCCGCGAGAGGCCCGAUCUGGAGACGGAGAAGAACUCGCUCAUCGUGCAGGGGGCAGAGAACAAGCGGCAGCUGCAGGAGAUCGAAGACAAGAUCCUGCAGGUGCUUUCGUCCGAGGGAAACAUCCUCGAGGACGAAACGGCUGUGUCGGUCCUAAGCUCGUCGAAAACGCUGGCCAACGAGAUCAACGAGAAGCAAAUCAUUGCGGAGGUAACCGAGCGUCAGAUCGAUGUGGCCCGUCUGCAGUACACGCCGAUCGCGGCACACUCCACGGUGCUGUUCUUUACCAUUGCCGACUUGGCCUCCAUCGAUCCGAUGUAUCAGUAUAGCCUGACCUGGUUCGUGAACCUCUUCACCGCGGCUAUAGACAACACCGAGAAGGUGGACGAGGUGCCGGCCCGCUUGGAGGACCUUAGGACCUACUUCACGUACAGCCUGUACGAAAAUAUCUGCCGCAGUUUGUUCGAAAAGGAUAAGAUACUGUUCUCGCUGCUGUUGGCCACCAACCUGCAGCAGGAUGCCGGGCAGCUCAGUAUGGCCGAGCUGAUGUUUCUACUUACCGGAGGCGUUGGGCUGGACAAUCCUGAGCCAAAUCCGGGCGCUGGUUGGUUGCCCGACAAAAACUGGGACGAAAUAUGCCGGUUGACGACGUCGUUUCAAGUGUUCGGUGACCUGCAGCGACAUGUGGUGGAAAAUCUGAAGGGCUGGAAGCAAUACUUCGAUGGUGAUACGCCACAUGAAGCGAGCAUUCCAGAACCGUGGAACGCUCAGUUGUCUCCCUUCCAGAAACUGCUGGUUCUUCGUUGCUUCCGAGCGGAUAAGCUGGUGCCGGCCAUCGAGUUGUACGUAGCAAAAACGAUGGAACCGAAGUACGUGGAACCUCCUCCGUUUAACUUGGGUGCCUCAUACGAUGAGUCGAACUGCUGUGUGCCGCUGAUCUUUGUGCUAACACCCGGAACCGAUCCGACGGCCACACUGAUCAAGUUCGCUGAUUCGCAGGGCCUUGGUGGGGAACGGCUGCUUUCGUUGUCCCUUGGUCAGGGUCAAGGCCCGAUCGCUACCAAGCUGAUCGACAAAGGUACCAAAUCUGGCCUUUGGAUUCUGCUGCAAAACUGCCACCUGGCCCAGAGCUGGAUGCCGACGCUUGAGAAGAUCUGCGAGAGCUUCCAGCCAGACACUACUCAUCCCGACUUCCGGCUCUGGCUAACCUCCUAUCCGACGGAGCACUUCCCGGUGGUGGUGCUGCAGAAUGGGAUCAAGAUCACGAACGAGCCGCCGAAGGGGUUGCGCAUGAACGUAACCCGCUCGUUCAUGACCGAUCCGAUCUCGAACGUGGAGUGGUUUGAGGCGUGUAAGCAUCCGGCCAGCUUUAAGAAAUUGCUUUUCAGCUUGUGCUUUUUCCACGGCAUCGUACAAGAGCGCCGUCAGUUUGGGCCGAUCGGUUGGAAUAUUCCGUACGAGUUCAACGAGACCGAUCUCAGCAUCAGCCUGACACAGUUGCGCAUGUUCUUGGACGAGUAUGAGGAAGUUCCCUUUGUGGCGCUUUGCUAUCUGACGGGAGAGUGUAACUACGGUGGACGUGUAACCGACGAUUGGGAUCGGCGGUGUUUGAACACGAUCCUUGCAAAGUUUUACAACCCCCAGGUGGUGCAGAACGAGGAGUACAUCUUUGACGAAGUUGGACAAUAUCCGGUGCCAGAGCUGAGGGAGCACGAGGAGUUUGUAGCCUUCAUACGCGAUCUUCCUGUCAUUGCGCGACCGGGCGUAUUUGGGUUGCACGAGAACGCGGACAUGCUAAAGGAUCAGAAGGAAACCGACACUCUUUUGAAUAGUGCGCUUAAGACACAGGAUCGAACGGAUUUACUGCUUAUGAAGAUCCUUGAGGAUCAAAAGAACACAUCGACCGGUGUGUUUAAGGAAACUCCUGCCGAGUUGGUGAUCCGCGUAUCCUCGGACAUUUUGUUGCGGUUGCCGCCAGAAUUUGAUCGCGAUGCUGCGCUAGAUAAAUACCCUACAGACUAUCACCAGAGCAUGAAUACGGUGCUGGUACAGGAGAUGGUCCGGUUUAACAAUCUUCUAUCCUGCAUCCGAGGAAGCCUCCUGACGGCUCGCAAAGCCAUGCAGGGUCUCGUGGCCAUGUCACCGACGGUUGAGGAGGUGGUCGGAGCGGUGCUGAUCGGAAAAAUCCCUUCCGUGUGGGCUAAACGAUCAUACCCGAGUCUGAAGCCUCUUGGAUCGUACAUCAUUGACUUCAUCGCCCGCCUAGAGUUCCUGCAGAAAUGGUACGACGAAGGUCCACCGGCCACGUUCUGGGUGUCGGGAUUUUUCUUCACCCAGGCCUUCCUGACCGGUGCGCAGCAAAACUAUGCACGAAAGUACGUCAUCCCAAUCGAUCUGCUAGUGUUCGAUAAUGAGGUGCUGAGAGAGACGGAAAUCACCGAGCCCCCUGAGGACGGCGUGUUUGUGUAUGGUUUGUUUCUGGAAGGGACUCGAUGGGAUCGCGAAAAGGGUUGCCUGCAAGAGUCGAUACCACGUGUACUUUUCGAUACCGUACCUUAUAUCUUGCUGAAACCGAUGAAGAAGGAGGACUUUGUACCGAAGCAUACGUACCAAUGUCCAGUGUAUAAGACGGCCGAGAGACGCGGUACGCUGUCUACGACCGGGCAUAGCACCAACUUUGUCAUUUCAUUGCUGCUCAACUGCGAUCCCGCCAUGAGACCGGAUCACUGGGUGAUGCGUGGGGCCGCUAUGCUGUGUCAGCUUAGUCAUUAACUGGUUUUUCUAUACGCUCGGGGAACAUAACACUUUCCGCACCUCUCGAUUAGUCACGACGUUUUGCGACAGAGAGGAUGGGAGUGUUUAAGAGAAAAUUGUAGUAAAAGUAGCGUAAACAAAUUUCCAGUAGUCAAAUAUACCCUUUUUCGA